AUGGAUGGCACAGAAACAGCCAAACAAGCUGAAAAACAUACGCAUACAGAUCAUCCACGACUCAAUCACCUUCAAUUGCUAACCAGCAUGCUACAACAUCAUCUUAAAGUUGGCCAAAGGGUAGUGUCAGAAAGUACCGCGUGGCCUGACAUCGUCCGUUCGCGUGUCAGAGGAGCGAGCAAGGAUAAACUCAAAACACUACUUCAAAUGAGGAUUGCUGCAAAUUUCCAGCAUGACUAG